CCGCAGUCUGGCCAAUCCGGGCCAGGAAGGCUGUGUCCACCCUUCUCUCAAAACAGGCCAAUCCCAGGCUGCGAUUCAGGGAACGCUGGCCCGGUCUCCUGAAUAAUUAAUAAGCCAGCUCGCGUCCGCGGGCUGGUUGGGGAUGGAUGGAGGCGGGGGUGCCGCCGAGCGCCUGCGCAGUCGCGGCCCACAGAGGCAGCUGCAGCGGGUCGACCGGCUCAGGCCCAUCUCGGGGGGCGGGCGGGGGAGGCGAGGCGCGCGAGGUGAGCGCGGGGCACGAUGUCCGAUGCGGGCGGCGGAAAGAAGCCGCCUGUGGAGCCGCAGGCGGGACCGGGGCCGGGGCGCGCAGCUGGGGAGAGGGGCCUGCCAGGCUCCUUCCCUCUGGUCCUGAAGAAGCUGAUGGAGAACCCCCCGCGCGAGGCGCGCCUCGAUAAGGAAAAGGGGAAGGAGAAGCUGGAGGAAGACGAGGCUGCAGCGGCCAGUACCAUGGCCGUCUCAGCCUCCCUCAUGCCACCCAUCUGGGACAAGACCAUCCCAUACGAUGGCGAGUCUUUCCACCUGGAAUACAUGGACUUGGAUGAGUUUCUGCUGGAGAAUGGCAUCCCUGCCAGCCCGACCCACCUGGCUCAGAGCCUGCUGCUACCUGUGGCUGAGCUAGAAGGGAAGGAGUCAGCCAGCUCGUCGACAGCAUCGCCACCAUCCUCCUCUACCGCCGUCUUUCAGCCCUCUGAAACCGUGUCCAGCACAGAAUCCUCCCUGGAAAAGGACAGGGAGACACCCAGUCCCAUCGACCCCAACUGUGUGGAGGUGGAUGUGAACUUUAACCCCGACCCUGCUGACCUAGUCCUCUCCAGUGUGCCAGGCGGGGAGCUCUUCAACCCUCGGAAGCACAAAUUUGCAGAGGAGGACCUGAAACCUCAGCCCAUGAUCAAAAAGGCCAAGAAGGUCUUUGUCCCUGAUGAGCAGAAGGAUGAAAAAUACUGGACAAGACGCAAGAAGAACAAUGUGGCAGCCAAACGAUCUCGGGAUGCCCGACGCCUGAAGGAAAACCAGAUUACCAUACGGGCAGCCUUUCUGGAGAAGGAGAACACGGCCCUGCGGACGGAGGUGGCUGAGCUGCGCAAGGAAGUGGGCAAGUGCAAGACCAUCGUGUCCAAGUAUGAGACCAAGUACGGGCCCUUGUAACCUGUACACCACCUGGGCGCCGCUGCCCGCUCCUCAGACCUCUUCAGGGGACUCCCUGAAACUCUGCACAUGCGUGGAGACUUUUGACUCGUCAUGGCGAUGGCAGUACACCUGCUCCAGGAGCAUUCGCAUUCAAGCUUCAUUAUCACCUGGCCAGCACAUGUGGUGACUUCCCAGGGGCUUCGAGGGAAUCUACACAGAUGGGGAUUCAGCCUUAGCUUCUAUUCUUGGAUCUCCUGGUGGAACCGGAAGGGACUUCCGAAGUGCAGAUCUCCCGUUUCACAGGGCGCUCCGGCUCCCAUUGACUUUCCCUCAGUUUCUAUCCCAGGUGUCAAAGCCUGCCUCCACAGGAUGAGUCGUGAUUGCAGUCACCCUUCUGUCUUCUCAGGGAGUGGGGUGCUCAGGCUGGGACGUGUCUGCGGUACACCUCACUGUCCCCAGAAAGUCUUUGAGAGAAACACCCACUCCCAUCUUCCUCAAAAGUAGAAAGGAUACCAGCUCUUCCACAGUGUCCACACUGGUGACAGGCCUCAGGAAUGGGAACUCUGCACAGCCUAGGAGGGGGUUUGGGCCUGGGGCCCGCAUCAGAAGUACAUGUGCCCAGUCUUAGCUCCCUUUUCUCUUUUGGCACUGAGGCCUGAAGCCUGGGAGGCAGCCCUGGAAGAUGAGCUUUCUCUGCAUGUCAACUGUUCUGGAGGAGAACUCUUGAGUCUCUGAGUCCUACUCCCCAGAGCAGAGGGAGGCUUUUUUUCUCUCCCCUCCUCUCGGUUAUUUGUGGAGGUCAUCUGAAUCUCUGGUUUCCAGUAGACUGCAUUUCUAGACCUGGUAAUUUGUUUCACCAGGAGCCAGUCUCUGAUCUUAAAAAGGAAAGCCCCUCGUCUAGGAAGCUUCCAGAGCCCAGAAUGCACCUUCUACGUGGUGUCUAGAAAUCACCCUCCUUAGCCCCCUUAUGCUAUAGACAGGAGAAAUGGGACAUGUUUCUUGAGAAGCUCCUUUUUUCCCACUUGUGCUUUCUCUAAUGUGGGUCAGGCCAGAGUCCACACUCCCUGAAGGCAGAAGAGGGCUUCCUAGGUCUUGCUUCAGGAUUCUGUCCCAUGCAAGCUACCCAGAGGGUACCAGCAGAGGGUGGGGACACCUGGUCAGAGGCCCCCAGUGUCUCAGCACAACUCUUGUGGAACAGCAGUCUCUUGGGACAUUUACACUGGCUAGAGCUCCCUCAGUCAGGGUCCCAGGAGAUAUCAACCACCCACAUUGGUUGCCCACCAUGGUAUGGUGGGGAGGGUCUUUAUAGCUGUGACUUCACUUCCUCACAGCUGUCCCUUCCUCCUUGUCCAGUGGGACUACUCUCUCUGCUUUGCCCCCAACAUCAGUUGAGGAAUCAUGGACUCUUCUGCUUACUGUGGUCAUCUGGGCACCAGAAGAUGGGUAUGUUUUUGUUUUUUGCUCAGGGCAAGCAACCUAUGAAGAGCGGUCAGAGGUGACAGGUGCACUUUGUCAUGUCACUGACUGUAUUUAAAGUGGUGGUUCUGGGUCCCGGUUCCUGACCCCUAAGACUUUUCAUUAUAAAUAUUAAGACCACAGGGAUGCCACCCACUGGCUGUGGACCAUCCCCCAGGGAAUGCCACGGCCCUCCGGGGACCUGCACACCUGCCUUUCUGGGGAACUUGACAAGGGUCCCUGAGGCCAAGGGAGAUCACCCACUUCCUCCAGGCCCCUGACUUUUACUUUGUGGUUCUAUAAAAACCGUGUACACACGUUCCACUCUAUUGUACCGCAACAGAGCAGUUGCAUCCGGCAUGUCAGUGUCCUGCUCUGGGCAGCUUGCCCGCCCAGCACUAUCCCUCUGGUUUGUUCACCCACCAGGAGGGCACUUUUGUUAUUGGUAGAAGAGCCUUCAGCUUAAAAGCUCUUUAUUUUCUUUGGCCAGAAAGUGUCUGGUUUGUGGUUUUUUGGGUUUUGUUUUUUUUUAAGCUAGAUAUUUAAUCUCUAGUUUGUCUCUGUGUGGGAUGAUGGCCUGAUGUCUCUCCUCUUUGUUUCACCUUCUGCCUAUUUAGUGCUCUCCCCUUCUAAACCUCCCCCAACCAGGCAGUAAGGUGUCUGGUUCCUUCUCAAAGUGCUUACUUGGAAGGAAUGCAGCUGCUGGCCUCUUUUAGAAGAGGCCCUUUGAGUCAGGAGCCUGGUAUGGACAGAAAGAUGUCCAUGGAGAGAGAUACUUGGGAAGAAGGAGGGCUCUGGUUAGCUUGUCUCCUUAUGGACCCAAGCAUCAAGUUCUUACAGAAAGAGAGGGUUGGUGUCUGCUCAUUUCCUGUCAUGAAAUUUGGAGUCUUCUCAACUCCCUCCUAGACCUCCAUUUUGGGGCCCACAGCUGAAGGCUGAGGCUGCUGUGCUCAGAUCUUUGACAUCUAUAAAAAAACACUUGAGGCUAGAGAAGCCAACAUAUAGGGCUUUCUGUGGGCUUGUGAUGGGCUGGGAAGUGCUACCCCUUCCCAAGGGUCCUGGUCUUCAGCUUCCCAGCAGCCCCAUUACAACCUCAGAACAGACAAAUCAUAACUGAGCUAGAAUGUUGCAAAUAUACAUAUAAUAAGGUUAUAUCUAGAUGAAGAAAUAUGAGUAAGAGAUCGAGCUCUCAGAACGCCAACAGCCAAGUGGAGGACCUAGGUAAUUCUUACCCUUGACCAAAGGAAGACAUUUAUUUGCCUGACUGGGUCCUGAGGUUUGGAAGGCACUUAGCAGAGAAGCUUAACUCUGGUGAAGCACCGAGGGACUGCUGUGUCCCUGAGGCGGGUGACAGGUGUGGGAGCUGGCAGAGUGGGGCCACUCUGUGCUGGGCAUAUCACCCAGUGCCCUGAGAGUUCUGCUCCACAUCAUGCAGAGGGCUGAGAGCAAAGCCCCGCCCAAGCUCCCUUCACAUCUGUUAAUUAAGUGCAAUAAAUUUUUCUAGAAAAUGGCAAAGACGAUUUCCAGGUGGAUAUUGCUAUCUUACGGUGUUGGUGGAUGCCAGAACACCACUUGGCUUUAUUUUUCUAAGUGCAUGUGAUGUGCUAGAGUGUGUGGGGCUGUGUCCUCCCCUGGGAACUGGCAUUCCAGCAUGCCCUCUCUCCUUUACUUUUGUUGGGAGAAGGUAGCAAGAAGAAAAUCCCUUCUUCCCAGCUGGAGAGGGCCUAAGUGGAGAGUAGCCCAUUGGCCUUAUGUGCGUGUGUGUGUGUGUGCGCGCGCGUGUGCGUCACUGCUGGUGGGCCGGAGUGAUGUGAUGGGGAGGGAAGCUGGGACUGUAUCCUUUUCAAAACAAAAUUAAAUAUUUUGAGACGAGAA